AUGUAUUGCUCCAGUGGCCUCCUACGCGGGAGAGCUCCGAGGAGCAUAGUCACUCUCUCGUCCCGACUGCAGACGCUACCACAUGCACGACGGGGCCUUCUCACGCAGAGUUAUGCUCGUGGUCCGACAGAGCCACCCCUGUUCGAGACCACAAUUGGAGAGCAUUUCGCCAAGAUUGUCAGUUCGUAUGGAGAUAGAACAGCUGUCAUCUCAAAACAUCAGAAUGACCGAGUCACCUACGCCGGCCUGGACGCAAAGAGCAAUGCGCUCGCACGAGGGCUAGAAUCUGUAGGGGUCCGGAAGGGAGAUCGUGUUGGAGUCAUGCUUGGGAACUCCAUGGAGCAUGCUACUGUAACCUAUGCCUUGUUCAAACUUGGAGCUAUCUUAGUGCCCAUAAACCCCUCAUUCAACGCAAACCAGGUCAUCGCAGCGCUAAAUCACCUAGGAACAAACCACAUGAUAAUCAGCUCAGAGUCGAACCUGCCCCGCAAACAGCCUCGAAGCAACCUUCCCCUCCUCAAACACCUCGUCCCUGACCUCGAGAAACCCCAUCUCGAAUCAUCCACAGUCCCAACUCUCCAGAACAUAAUCUUAGUGGACAACUCUAACGGCCGCAUCGACACCACGCGCUUCAAAUCCCUAACCCCUUAUACAAGCGUACUGUCCCAACUUGUCACCGACGGCGCCCCCCUCCCACCACAAUCCCUCUCCCCGUCCGAAGUCGUAAACAUUCAAUUCACCUCCGGUACAACGGCAAUGCCCAAAGCCGCCUGCCUAUCCCACCGCUCAAUCCUCAACAACGGCGCUCAAAUCGGUGACCGUAUGCGCCUCACGGAACGCGACACAGUCUGCUGCCCACCACCACUCUUCCACUGUUUCGGCUCCGUCCUCGGGUACAUGGCGACCGCAACCCACGGCUCAGCGAUCGUCUUCCCCGCCGAAGCCUUCAACGCGCGCGCAACACUCUCCGCUGUCCAAGAAGAGAAAUGCACAGCCCUCUACGGCGUACCGACAAUGUUCCUCGAGGAACUCGGCCUGCUUGAAUCCGGCGAGGUUCCGCACAAGGGGUUCGAGUUUCUGCGCACGGGCAUCGCGGCGGGGAGCAGCAUUCCCGCGGAGCUGAUGAAGAAGCUGCACAAGGUGCUGAAUCUCACGGAGCUAACGAUCUGCUACGGGAUGACGGAGACGAGUCCCGUGUCGGCGAUGACGACGACGGAUGAUCCGCUCGAUAAGCGGAUCAAUACCGUCGGAAGGCUGAUGCCGCAUGUUGAGGCUAAGGUUGUGGAUCCAUCGGACCAUAACCAUAUCCUGCCUAUUGAGACCAGGGGCGAGUUGGCCGUUUCGGGGUAUCUGCUUAUGAAGGAGUAUUGGGGCGAUCCGGAUCGGACCGCUCUUGUUAUGUUGAAGGAUAAGGAGGGAAAGGUUUGGAUGCAUACCGGCGACGAAGCCUCCAUGUCCCCGGACGGGUACAUCAGCAUAACCGGCCGAAUCAAAGACCUGAUCAUCCGCGGCGGCGAAAACAUCCACCCACUCGAAAUCGAGAACUGUCUUCUCACUUUCCCGGGCGUCGCGGACGUAUCUGUCGUUGGGGUUCCGGACGAGCGGUACGGCGAGGUCGUGGCGGCGUUUAUCAUUUCCAAAGACGUUCUGGCAGACGAGGCGGCGACGGGGAGACAGAUUCGGGAGUUUGUUAGGGAGAAGUUGAGUGGGCAUCUGGUGCCCAAGUAUAUCUUCUUUUUGGAGCCGACUGAUUCGUUCCCAAAGACAGCGAGUGGGAAGAUUCAGAAGUUCAAGCUUAGAGAGACGGCGGUUAAGCUUCUUGGAGGGCAUUGA